ACGAGAGUGGUAUGCAUUAUCGACCAACGCGUGCAUAAGACAACACUGUUCGUCGACUCAGUAUUUUUGGGAAAAAUAUUUUUGUUUUUUUUUUCGAAUUAUAAAACAAUAUGGUGGCUGUGUAAGUGACACUUAUUCAUAACUUUUAUUGUGAAGGUGUAAAAGUGAAAUGAAAAUGUCGAAAUCCAGCUUUUUGAUUCGUCAAUCCCUCCUCAACCGGCCAUGCCGUCGCCACAUCGCAGGCUCGUCAUCCUCCAGGACUUCGACAUCGCCGCAGCGGCAGAACCUGGUGGCCCCGGUGUUCAUGCCAGCGAUGGCGACUGCCAAGUCGUUCAGCGAGAUCCCUGGACCAAUGGCGCUGCCGAUGUUAAGGCACUCGGCGCACAUUCUGCCGAGAAUUGGCAGUUUCCACCACGCUGUCGGUCUGGGAGUCUUGGAGAGUUUGCGCGAUAAGUAUGGAGACCUCGUGAGGCUGACUAAGGCAUCGAGAUCUCGCCCGACGCUCUAUGUCUUCGACCCUGAGAUUAUGAGAGAGGUGUAUGAGAGCCGGUCUACAGAGCCCCCGCGCUUCGACCGCUCGCCCCUCUGUCAGCACAGAAAAAAUGUUGGCAGCAACUGCCCUAUCCAUAGUGACGACACCAAAGCCAUCUGGACCGGAAUAAGGAUGCUGCUGCAAGAAGGAGCACUACUCAAGAACUACGAAGCGGCAUUUGAUGAUAUUGCAGCCGACGUGACGAGGAGGCUAGGAGAGCUAAGACAAGAGGGAGCUUCACUCAACGUGGAACUUGAAAGCGAAAUCUACAGAUGGGCGAUCGAAACCAUCGGCAUGAUGAUCUUCGGCAUCAGACUGGGCUGUCUUGAUGGCUCUGCGCAUGCUCCAAACCCUGAAAACAAAAAUCCAGAACCUGGGAAAGGAACUUGUUCCCUAUACAACAAAUCUCAUGAGGAGCUGACAGCGGCGGAGCGGUUGGUGCGGUGCUCGCGGGACAUCACGCGCGGCUCCUUCCUCACUCGCAGCGAAGACACUCUCAAGACUGAAUCCAGCACUUUCAACAACGCUUUGAAGACAUUUGACAGACAUUUUAGUUUAACCGAACACUUCUUGUUGAAAGCGCUGUACGAGCUGAACUCUGACAAGUUGAAGCCAGAACAAGUUCUCCUGGACAAGCUGCGGCCGUUAGAAAGGCGGAUACUGCCCGUCGCCGCUGACAUUUUACUGGCAGGAGUCGACCCUCUGGCCCAAUCAGCGCUGAGCAUGUUCUACCACCUAUCCCUCCACGCGGCGCAGCAACAACGGGCCCAUGAUGAGGUCAUCUGGGCGGAAGCGUCGAAGGACGCGGGGGCGCAACACCCCGAGCUUAGCUACGUCGCCGCCUGCACGCGGGAGGCCAUGAGGCUCCAUCCCAUCACCGGGGGGGUUGUGAGAAGGAGCAAGGAGAGCCUCAUCGUGGCAGGAUACGAGAUUCCUGAAGGGGUCGACAUAGUUCUAGCACACAGCGUCACGAGCAAAGCCGAGAAACAAUGGGGCAGAGCGAAUGCCUUCAUCCCUGAACGCUGGUGCAGCGAGGGAUGGCAGCCUCUCCGAGCCUCCAGGGCCCAUCCUCUAGCCUCCAUGCCAUUCGGGGAGACCUGCCCGGCCACCGGCGUCGCUGGCAAAAUGCUGACAUCUCUGACAGCCAGGAUCUUAGAGAAAUACAGACUGGAAUGGCACGGACCGUUGCCCAAAAUGACGACGGACGGUGUCAACAAAAUUCAACCGCCUUAUUAUUUUGUGUUGCAGAACGCAGCGUGAUUGUGAUAUUUAAGGUUAGGUUAGGUUAGGUUGUAAUGUACCGUCUAUAUUGUGAGUGUGAGAAUAGUCGUAGUUUUAUGUGAAUGGUGAUAGAACUGCAGUGAUAUGUGACGUAGUAGUAAGGAAGAAAAUAACUUUUUUAUAUUUGUACCGCUUUUCCUAAAAACCGGAUUAUUUUGCGCCAACUUAUAUCUUGUUAUUUACCGAUUGGGUAAGAAAUUAGUAUCGGAAGACUACGCAAUAAAUGUUUUAGAUAAAAAAUAUACAUUUAUCAAACAAGAAAAUAUACUUACCUAAUACAAAUGUUUAACCUAGGAGUUAUUACCAUUAUUUUUAUAUAAACUUACUUUAAGUUGGGAAAGUAUUUUUGACUAGUUACUACAAACUCGGGGAACUUUGAUACUAACGAUGUUCACUCAAUUAUUUCUGUACGCUCCAAGUAACUUAAUGUGAAUUAUUUAUUAUAAAUUGUAUCGUCAAAUGUACAAAUAAAAAAACAUUUAUUAAAA